AUCUCGUCACUCAUACCACAUCGGACCCUAUGGCAGGCAGUAUCUGUACUGGUGAUUAAGAAUAAAAUAUAUUUGUUCGGUUUUCAAAAUUAAGUGUGUCAGUUCUGUUGGUGAAAUUGGAGGUACAUUUGUGCGUUAGUAAUUUAUUUUUUGUUGCGAUCUAUGUAAUCGUUUAAAAUAUUACAAAAAUAUUUCGUUUUUCGUUCGUAUAAAACAUUUUCGCAAUAUAAUUGGACGAUUUUUAUACCGGAAAUUAAUAAUCGUAUUAAAAUAAAGGAACUUUUCGAGGAAUGAACCGGAAGCGUUAGUGCAGUUCCAGAAACCAUGACGCCCUGCUGGCUGCUCUUCACGUUCUCUUGGUUCGGUAGUGCGAGCCUCCAGUUCAUCAACCCGGCCGGCCCCGGCGCUGACGACACCGCCCUCGACCCAGGGGACCCUGCCGGCCACUACCCUCCCCUCCCGUACCGCAGCUAUGACCACCUACCCCCCGCUAACAGCGAACCAAUGAUAGAAAACAGCCAGUACAUAACCGAAGACCAGAACGACCAAGGACAGAGGCCGCGGAGAACAACAGAUCUCUCUAAAGACUGGAUGGUGGAUCAGGACAGACAACAGAGCCAGAAUGACUUGCAAAACAUGAUCUCCAACAACAAUCCGCUCCUGGUAGAACAGUUCGAGGAUAAUGAGAAUGUGACGUUGCCUGAACGCGUGGAGGUGAUGGAUCCGGAAGCCAAGAAGAACUUCAGUCCUUGGGGCGGGAAGCGAGACAAAUCGGCGUACGAUCAGAUGUGGACGUGGAAGCGACAGCAGAUGGCUCGCGAGCCCAGCAUGCCCAAGCGAGUGCGCUUCAGCCCCUGGGGCGGCAAGCGCAGCGGACACAUGAUCUUCAAGCCAGGCACCAAGAGCAACCGAGUCCUCUACUCCACCAACCUGCAGGAAAUGGCCCGAUUCAUCUCUAACCUCUCUCCCAAAGACGUCAAAGUCUCAGGGAUACAACUGGCGAAGCGCCACCCGCUCAGAAUGAUGACCCUGGCUGAGAAAACUGACCCGUCAAUGUUGAGAGAAGCGAUGCCGUUCCAAAUGUUCCUGGAUUACCUUCCGAAGCUGUUCAAGACUGGGCAUCCUUAUUCGCAGGUCAACUUGAAGAAGGAUGGCAAACGGAAGGUGAAGUUCAGCGCGUGGGGAGGCAAGCGGUCGCCGCCCAUCAUCGGGCCUAUUUGGACGCCGACCUCCGCCGAUGCCAAGGACGCCUCCCUCGACGCCAUCUUGCUCCUCAGAAAUAACGGACAUCAAAGAGAUCUCACCGCGACCACGUAUUAAAUACUCUUUCGACUAAGAUUUUCUAGUUUCUACCUCCUGUCCGUUUUAGAACCUUUGUAAACUAAGUAGGUACUGAUGUAGCUUUCAUUAAGUAACGUUAAGAGAUGUGAUAUUGAAUGGUAGGCACCUUGCGAGUUUAUCAAUGUAACACAUACAGUGCCAUACAGUCUUAAUAUCCAUAAUGAUAGAAUGAGGAAUCGGCGGCUGCAUACAUGAAUAUUCGUUUCUGAUAAAUAAAUGGCUGGAUUUAUUAUCGGAGACCAAUAUUUGCAUAGAACUGAUGUCUAGUUUAAGUUGUUGUUACCUAUACUAUGUAUUCAAUAUGACUUUAUUUAUUGUGCGAAUCGUUAGAGAACAAUUAAAUAUGAUUAAGUUGAA